AUGAAAGAAAUGUCUCUAACUUUCAAGAUAAUUCUUUUAGGGGAUUCAAAUGUUGGAAAGACAAGUAUAUUGAAAAGAUAUUCAGAAAAUACUUUUUCAGAAUAGCAAGCACCAACAAUUGGUUUAGCUUUUUAUAAGAAAGUAGUGGAAAGGAAAAAUAUUAAAAUAACGCUUGAAAUUUGGGAUACAGCUGGAUAAGAGAAAUUCAAAAAGAUUGCUCCGAUAUAUUAUCGAAAUGCUUAAGCAGUCUUAAUAUGUUUUGAUGUAUCAAAAAAGGAUACUUUAGAAGGGGCUAAGAAAUGGUUAGAAGAAAUAGAUAAAUAUUUGAAUUCAGAUUGUAUUAAAUUUUUAGUUGGAAAUAAAUAAGAUUAAGGUGAAUUUGAGGUAGAUUAAACAUUUUUAGAGAAUAAUCACAUGAAAUAUAUUCAAACAUCAGCAAAGACUGGAUAUAAUGUAGAUAAAUUAUUUAGAAGAGUAGCUAGAACUUUAGCAAAGACUAAAAUAAAGAAGAUGGAAAGUCUUGACUAAAAGACAAUUAUUACUCUUUAAGUCUAAGGGCCAGAAGAAAAAUAAAAAAAAUCUCUAUGUUGUUGA